UAAAAGCCUGUGAAGAAAUUGGAAUAACCGGUCCUGUUCAAGAAAUGUUAUUAAGAUGUCUAAAAAUAUUGGAUCCUAAAACUCAAAUAAAUGAUUCUAAAUCCUUUGGGACGGUGUCUUUGAGUAUGGAUGCUUUGGUGAAAGCUUGCUAUGAAAACAGUAGAUAUAUUUUAAACAAAGAACGAUUUGAAAAUAGACCCGAAAUUAGUUUUGUAAGAAAAUUAAUGAGAUGUCAUUACUAUAUGGUUGGAAAAAGCAACCUACUGAGUGUAAAAACAAUGGCUAAUAAUUUGUUUAAAGUAACUGAUCCCGAAAGUGAAAAAAUGUUUAACAAAAAAAUAUGGAAAAAUAUCGUUAAAAAAGAAUAUAACUCAGUUCCUGUUUUUAAUCCCAAACACAAUUAUAUUAAUGUAUUGUUAAAAGAUGCAGGUUACUAUAGGUAUAGUGAAGUUAAAUAUGGUGAGACUUUUCUUUAUAAAUUACAUUAUUGUUAUUGGCUUUUAAAACCAAAAAAAUAUAAAAUAUCAGACAAUGAGGCGAUUGAACAAGGUAUAGAUGAUAUGAGUGUUGAUGAUUUAUUUGAACCAAUUUAUCUUACUUAUCUUCGGAAUACACAAAAUGGAAUGAAAGAUUAUCAAAGAAAAUAUACCACUUCCGAAGAACUUCAAAGAAUUGUUUUAUUAAAGAAUAAAAAAUAA